GUCAGAGUGGCGGACCAGCUUCCGGCAGCGUGUGCUGCUUGAGCCCCGCGGCUUCCAGCCGGCCGUGAGUCUUCGCCGGGAAGAUGGGGAAAGUGAGGAGCCUGAGGGCCCGGGUGCACCAGGUUGCCGUGAGGCCCACGGGGGAGGCAGCGCCUGGCCUCGCGUCCCCCGCCCGGGAGGUAGCCCCUCUGCAGGCCUUGACUGGUGGAGUCGCGGGGAAGGAGUUGGCUUGCGUGAACGCUAAUGUGUUUGCUGGGACCACGAUAGAACCCAGUGCCUUGGUGCAGAAGCUGGAUGUGGAGACGAGGAGCGUCACUUCCGUCAGGAGAGGUGCUGAGGCCAAGACUAUUCUGCCCAAGAAGGAGAAGCUGAAGCUGAGGCGUGAGCGGUGGCUGCAGAAGAUUGAAGCCAUAAGGCUGGCGGAGCAGAAGCGCAAGGCAGAGCGGAGGCGGAGGGCCACGGUGGUGGUGGGCGACCUGCAGCCCCUGAGGGACGCCCUCCCCGAGCUGCUGGAGCUGGAGGCCGGCGGCCGGCGGCCCCCCACCCGACGCAGGGCAGCCAGCAGGCCCCGGCCCGCCGAGCUGAGCCGGAUGAGCGCUCAGCAGAGGCUCCAGCUCCUCGAGGAGGAACGGACGCGGUUCCAGGAGCUGCUGGCCAGUCCGGCCUAUAGAGCCAGCCCUCUGCUGGCCAUCGGGCGGCAGUUGGCUGAGCAGAUGCAGCUGGAGGGCAGUGGGCAGCCCUGACCCCGUGGGGCGUGUGAGAGCGCCGAGGCCACCCACAAGGAGGCGCCCAGGGCCAGCUUGGCCACUGUCCCCUGGGCUGCCAGCCACUUCCUCCACAACACGGCUGCUGUGCUUGGCACAGGCGGGAGACAGGCAGUUGACACGGGAGUAUUGUGAUGACACAUGUAUUUUUGCAAUAAAAACACUGCUGGAAAACCCCAGAUGUCCAUGGAACUCAGUGCCCACCCCACAGGAGGUGGUGUAGCCACGCAGCCAGCCUUCUCCUCGCCUUUCUCUUUCGUCUGGGUUUGUGGGAAGUGACUUGCACUCAUGUAUCAUAUUAAGAGACAAGCCCUCUGGCUUGGUCCUCUAGGGGCUCCAGGCUGACUGCGGCUGGAUGCAGCUCGGCCACCUUCUCGCGAUGCGCUCUGUCAGGGCCUCUGGCCUCUGCCCGACGCCAGGACCUUCUCCUUGACCUCACCUGUGGGGCUGGGGGGAGGAUGGGGAGGUGCAGGGCGAGCCCGACACUGCCGUCCUCUGCGGUGGCCACCCACUGCCCUCCGCUGCGGCAGACUCGCUGGCAAUGUGGCUGAGAAGCCGCAACUGUCUGGUGAUGCCCCCCGCCCCAAGCAGAGUGCCCUGCCACCCAGACGGUUGGGGGUGGGGCAGGGAAGGAAGGCAGGUGGGAGAGACCCCCUCUCCCUCCCACUUCUUGGGAGCCUGCUGGCUGCCGUCUCUGACCUGGAGGGACUUCCCUGCUGCUUACCUGUGUUUUUAAUCUUCAUAGAAUGCACUUGGAAUAUUUGGUAAUAAAGUUA